GCCUAAUGACGUAAGAGCCUCUCGCCCCCAGCACAAAGAGUGAGUCGGGGCGAAGCUGGAGGUUCAACAUAAAGGAAGCGCAAAGGGUGGGCGUCAGAGUAAGGGAGGGGAUUUGCAAAGGGAGAUGUGAAUGCAAGCCCCACGGCUCUUCAGGUCUUCCGUCAUAUUUGUAUGUGAAGCAAUGUAAAAUCCUGAAUGUUAGAGAGCCCUUGAAAUAAUUGUUCCGGCUGCCUGCAGUGAAAAUGCAAUAGCUCACUAGGAUGGAGAUAAUUGGAUGAUUUGCAUGUCAAUCAAGCUUGGUGGCCAUCUGCUGCAGGCGUCAAACGCUCCAGAGAAAACAACCCAAGUUUGUCCAGCCUCUCGUGGUAGCAGAUGCCCUCUAAACCAGGCAGCGUCCUGGUAAACAUCUUCUGCACCCUCUUCAAAACCUCAACAUCCUUCCUAUAGUGGGGCGACCAGGACUAUAUGCAGUACUUUAGAUGUGGCCUAACCAGUGUUUUGAGAUGUGUUUAGAUAAUGGGCUGUGUGCAAUGCAAGGACAAAGAGACAACUAAAGGAACGGUGGAUGAGAGGGCUGGUUCCAUCCCCCAGAACCCAGGCUAUCGGUAUGGGCCUGACCCUUCCCCUCAGCAUUACCCCAACUUCAGUGUGACGGGGAUUCCCAAUUACAACAGUUUCCAUGGGACAAGCGGACAAACAUUGACGGUCUUUGGAGGCGUUCAUACCUCCUCCCACACCGGGACACUGCGGACCCGUGGCGGAGGAUCAUUAACUGUAGGGGUAACUCUGUUUGUGGCUCUGUACGACUACGAUGCCAGGACAGACGAUGACCUCAGCUUUCAGAAAGGGGAGAAGUUUCAGAUACUUAAUAACACAGAGGGAGAUUGGUGGGAAGCCAGGUCCUUGCAGACUGGGGGCACAGGAUACAUUCCCAGUAAUUACGUGGCUCCAGUUGACUCCAUCCAAGCAGAGGAGUGGUACUUCGGUAAACUUGGCCGUAAAGAAGCUGAGAGGCAACUCCUGUCCAUCUGCAACCCAAGAGGGACAUUCCUUAUCCGUGAAAGUGAAACCACCAAAGGUGCCUAUUCUUUGUCAAUACGUGACUGGGAUGAUACGAAAGGAGACCAUGUUAAACACUAUAAGAUUCGCAAACUGGACAGCGGUGGGUAUUAUAUAACGACCCGGGCGCAGUUUGAAACCCUGCAACAACUGGUUCAACAUUAUGCCGAGCGCGCUGCCGGUCUGUGUUGCCGCUUGGUCGUCCCCUGCCACAAGGGCAUGCCAAGGCUCGCUGACCUAUCUGUGAAAACCAAAGACGUGUGGGAGAUCUCCCGGGAGUCUCUGCAGCUCAUCAAGAGGCUUGGAAAUGGGCAGUUUGGGGAAGUCUGGAUGGGUACAUGGAAUGGAACCACAAAAGUUGCAGUGAAGACACUGAAACCCGGCACGAUGUCUCCUGAGUCAUUCCUCGAGGAAGCUCAGAUCAUGAAGAAGUUACGGCAUGAUAAGUUAGUUCAGCUUUAUGCCGUCGUCUCGGAGGAACCCAUCUACAUUGUCACCGAAUACAUGAGCAAAGGAAGCCUGUUAGAUUUCCUAAAAGAUGGGGAAGGAAGAGCUUUAAAGUUGCCCAAUCUUGUAGACAUGGCAGCACAGGUUGCCGCUGGUAUGGCCUACAUUGAGAGAAUGAACUACAUCCAUAGGGACCUGCGAUCAGCCAACAUUCUGGUUGGAGACAAUCUAGUGUGCAAGAUUGCUGAUUUUGGAUUAGCGAGGUUGAUUGAAGACAAUGAGUACACAGCUCGUCAAGGUGCAAAGUUUCCCAUCAAAUGGACGGCGCCAGAAGCUGCUCUGUACGGCCGGUUUACAAUCAAGUCUGAUGUCUGGUCCUUCGGCAUUCUGCUGACAGAGCUGGUAACGAAGGGGAGAGUGCCAUACCCUGGUAUGAAUAACCGUGAGGUGCUGGAGCAGGUCGAGCGUGGAUACAGAAUGGCAUCUCCCCAGGAUUGUCCCAGCUCCCUUCAUGAGCUCAUGAUCCAGUGUUGGAAGAAAGACCCAGAGGAGAGGCCCACCUUUGAGUACCUGCAGGCGUUCCUCGAGGACUACUUCACUGCAACCGAGCCUCAGUACCAGCCAGGAGACAACCUGUGACCAUCUGUUGGGUGUUCCUCGCUAUGUUCCCUUGCCAUUAGACAUUGAGCAGCUGGGUCUUGGCUGCCAUUCUCCAGAAACUGGUGUCUUCUAAUGUCAAGUCCUAACUCCCCAGCCCUUUCAGAAUGGGUACCUUGAGACUAUCGAGGCUAUUUUUUUGAAUAUGUCCGAAUGCUAGUAUUGUAUAAUAAUCACUGUUAAAAAUGAUGGAACACCAUCUCUAAAAUGCUACUUAUUGUUCAGAUAUUGUCUUCCCUCCCCUCCCCUCUGCCUAUUGGCUCAAACGAAUUCUUCCAUUGUUAAUAAACCUCUCGAGGAGUGAAUUGUGGCCGGCCUUCGCCCACCCAUGAAAGCUGGUGGCACGGAGCGAGCACUGGCAGCAGGAUCACCGUCACCUUCUCAAGGAGCCUUUGCAUAAACUUUCAAUGUGACGGCAGAGGAGAGAAGCCGUUUGCAGCUGAGAAUCCAGCAAAGUAAUGAAACUGAGACUGGUGUUUACUCUCCCUCACCACCCAUGUCCCAGGAACCCUCGGCAUUAAGAGUCCUUGCCAUGUUUGAGAGCCACUUGGGAAACUUUAAAUGAUGCCAAAAGCAAUUGCCUUUUUGUUUCUGCCAAUUCCCCUUUGCACCAAUGUGCGGCUUUCUUUUGAUUCCCACUUCGAGAUGUCCUUUUAAAGGUGGUGACGUAAUGUUUUGUCAUCUGAGCAAAUCUAUUUUAAGAAGUUCUCCGUACCGUUCUUUGGUCUCCCCCUUCCCCCACCGUUCAUAGAAAUGAGGAAACUUUCAGGGCAGCGUGAAUCAGGCCGCCAUCCACGUGGCAAAACGUUAACAUGGAACAGACCCACCGGGUGAUGGUAUUGCCCACAUCACUGGGGAACUUGUGGCUCAGCACUGAGGACUGGCAGGGGUUGGAGAUCAGCCAUACAGACAGCACCCAGUGAGAACUGUGCAUUGCUACGUCUGACAAUUCACUGUAGUACUGGACAUCCAGGAGCAUGGGAGUCUAAUCCUUUACCCGAGAAAAGCAAAGGACCUCCACUAGCGCCAGUAAAAUGAGAAUACGGUCACUCGUGCUUCAAAGGAUGAAAUGACAGAGCUGUUCCAGAAUGUCCUUUUAUGUCUAACGUUACGCUGAUUUUUUUUAAUGCCUUUAUACAUGUAAUGUUGCAGUAAUUAAUGCAUUUCCCGAUUGCUUCCUGUGCAGCCAAUGACAUCCUAAAGAAUUAUUUUAAGAAAAUGACUAUGCACUCAAUAACUUUGAUAGCAGAUGCACAAAAUGUGUUUUUGGAUGUUACUACAUUCCUUGAAUUGGCCAUGUGGUCCAAACGUUGGAUUAUUGGUAUUUGUACAUUUUAACCAGAUGAUGCCUCUGCAUUAAUAUUUUUUUUCUCCCUUCCGACACUCACAAUGAAUCUAAUGUUUCAGCUGCCAUUUAAAGUGUAAGCAUUUUACAGUUUCUGCACUAGUUGACAUUUUACAUAGCUAUUCAAUUUUCCUAAUCCAGUUCUUGUCAUUUUCAAACCCAUGUAAUAAAGAUCUUAUCCAGGUCAGCCCACAUCUGGAGUUGUUCAUCCUGUGUUCAAAAUUAGACGUGCACAGUACUAUUAAAUACAAGUACCACGGCCUUGAUUUGUGGCCAAAGUUAAUGUGCUCUUUACAGCAACAUCCUAAUAUGUGACGAUGGGACAUUUUUAAUUGAGUGUAGCCGAUUGUUGUGUGAGUGAUAUAUACAACUGAUGUACAGUGAUUUGGAAUGAGGGUUUGAAGUAGUUCAGUUGCAGAACAGCUGCAAGA